AUGUGCCUAUCUUCUCCAACAACAGAAAACACAGAGGAACUCCAAAAUGAGACUCAAACAUCCUUCUCCUUCACUGAAACCUCUAUCUUCUCCUCAACUGACGUCUCUGUCUUCUCCUCCACCAACUGUGCUCCAGUAAUCCUCACCAGCACAACCGAAAUCUAUUGCACCCGAUUUCGGUUGUUUGUUGGCUCAACCGUACGACCGAACCCAUUCUUCAUGGGUGAUGCUUUGUUUUUGCUGCAUGAAAGAGUUGACAGGACUGAAUCUUCUUCUUCACAUUGA